AGCAGUAUCUUAGUUAUAUGUUCCUACGUUGCAGAUUUGAAAGCAUUUGAGCGGAGGCUGACGGAGUAUGUGUCGUGUUUAGGUCCACAGACAGCAAGAUGGAGAAGUGAGUGUUCAUAUCAGUGUAGGCAUUUGGAGUGCAUAAUUAUUGAUCGCGGCGGUUUUGUCUUGAUUUCAGGGCAGCAAUUUUCUGCUGAAAAAUUUACGCAAGGAAAGAAACAGUAUUGUGAUACUGUGGCCUAAAACAAAGAAUAUAAGCUUUCCUGAAUAUAAAGCUAGAAUCCCUCACACCUGUUAUGUUCACCUUGAGCUUCAAACCUGUAGUUAAGCCUGGUUUGUGAGCUUAGUUACAAUGUAUUAAUCAUUAUUUAUGAGCUUAAUUAGUUUUUCUUGUUGCAUUAUGUUGUAUAACUAUAAUGUAAAGCUGUAAUAAUGUACAACAGUUUGGUAUUUAGCAUUGCAGUACAAAUGUCACAUGCAUCUCAUGUUAAGCACUUUAUUAGGCAUAAUUUAUUGUCUUGUCUCUGUAAGAAUAUGAUGUGAAUAGAUGUUUAUUUCGUAUGAAACAGCACUUGACAAAGCUGCAUUAUCCACUCUUUCUGACCGCCGAGCAGUCUCGUGUAUUAAAUUUAUAGAUAAGGCUCGUCCAGGUAACCCAUUAUACCCUAUUACCCACUAAUACACAACAGAGUGGUACCUAUAUCUACCACUGUGUGUCUAAGAUCAGGGAGUUCUAGCAGGCCCAUGGCCACAAGGACUGAAUGUUUCUCAAAUUUUGUUAGUGUUAAAUAUUAAUCUUGUCAUUAAAUGUUGCGUAUUAGUAUUUAUAUCACAGCUUGUAAGAUAUCCUACAAUUCAGUCUUCCAACUGGAAAAGGGAUAAUAAACCAGUGAUUUGAUUUGAUGUCACCAUAGAGGGACCAUAAGCAUGGUUUUCACCUGCAAUAAUGUCAGGCUGAUAAGUUGAUCCAGGAGGGCUACUUUGGAUUUCAAGUGCUAGAAUGAUUAAACAAUUUUUUGGGUUUGAAAUUUCUGAAUCCAGGAUUUUUUGGGGUAGGAAAAUUUGGCAAGUAUUGUUUUGGUGAGACUCAUGUUAGUGCCCACUUGAGAACUUCAGAUGGUAUGAUGAAGAAACAAACACAAACAAUCACUUUCUAUUUUUUUAUUAUUAUUUUUUGUGAUACAUCAUUUAAUGCCUUCUGGAAAUUUUUAAAGCUCGGGUUUGAUUUUCAUCCCCAUUCGAUCAUCCCCGUCACUUGAAAUCCAGAGUACCCCCCGGGUAAUUAGAAGGACUGAACAUUGCCAUCUGGUGAAAAUUAAUAUUAUAUUAUUAGUCUAAGUAGAUGGUGUUUAUGUUUACAGCGAUCCUUGUUAUUUCAUCUGUUGCUACUGCUGCUGGAGCCUGGGGAUUAAUAACAGAUAAUCAACAAGUAAGUGAUAGUUAAGAUACCAUCAAAUUCCUGUCACUAGCCCUGAGCUUAUACAACUUUGUAAGGGGUUUUGAUUAGGCUAAUAAAUGGGUGGGCUUAUGUCCAGGUUGCCUUAAGAAUGAUAUAAAAAUGUUUGAAUGUUUUGAACAUUUUUAUGGUGUCAUUUCUAUGGUCUAUAAGACUGUAGACCAUAGAAAAUUGUGGUUGAUUUGUUUUUUACAAUGAUUAUUUUGUUACGAACGACCAAAAACAAAAGAACCGGCACUGCGUGACAUGUUACAUUUCUAUACUGUUAUAGACCAUAGCUGUCAAUGAAUCAGCGCACAAGGAUUCGCUCAGUUAUUGUAACAUAUCCUUUGCUCUUGUUUUUGCAGCAUCCAUCAUUACUACAAUACCUUUUCCAUCACAAAUUAUUUACACUAAGUUGCUGCAUCCUAUUCAUAUUACUUAUGCUCGGAAUUCAUAGAAGAGUUAUGGCCCCACAGAUGUAUCCUUUACUUUUCAGAAUCCCAAAAUGUCCGAUAAUAAUUAUAUUAUAUUAUAUUAUAUUUUAUUCAACCCAAACCCACUUAUGUGUUAUAAAAAACUUACAUUAAUAUUAUUCCAUUGAUAUCAGUAUCACUUAAAAUUAAUCUGAUAACAUAAAUUUUAUUUUAUCAGAUUAAUUUUAAGUGAUACUGAUAUCAAUGGAAUAAUAUUAAUGUAAGUUUUUUAUAACACAUAAGUGGGUUUGGGUUGAAUAAAAGGUAACCCAUUUUCAUCGGAAUUCAGGUAUGAAAACAAGGAAUAAGUUGCUGUCAUGUUGAUCUUAGAUCAUGUUUCAAUCACUUUGCCGUGCAACCACAAGCAGGUCUUCAUUUCUAUGGUCUAUAAGACUGCAGACAGCAGGAAAUGAUUGUUUAUUUGUUACUUAUGCCUGCAGUUUCUUCUUUGCUUUGAUAAAGAGGGUCUGCUUCUGGAUCUCAAAUUGUACAUUAUCAAGUCUGUUGUUAUUUUUUGUUUGUUUGUUUGUUUACUUGUAAGAAUAUUUUAUGGCCACCCAAAAGAUCUUAAAAUUAUGAUAUUAUUAUUUUUAUUAUAUUUAACAAUUAUUCGCCGAGGGCGAAGUUAAUAUUGUUGAAUAAUCCCGCAGACGAAGUCGAGGGGAUUAUUCAACAAUAUUAACUGAGCCUGAGGUGAAUAAUUGUUUUAGUAUAUUCACACGAAGUGAUCUCAACAGAAUCAGAAAGGAAACCAUUAAAAAACGAUUAGUUUGAUUGACGGGUGAAAAUUCAUGCGUGAACACGAAGCCGUAAACAGUGGAUGCGCAAAAGUUAGAUCUUUACAGUAUCUUCAAACAUGGCAAAUGAUAGUUUUAAUCCUUUUGUAUCGAGUUUUGUAAGCUUUAGCAUCAACGGUUUAAAAGAAAACGCCGAAAAUUUAAAUUACUACCCAAUUCUGAGGAGAAAAGUAUCUAGAGCUUUAUUUGUUUCUGUCAACUCACCGUGAAUGAGAAAGUUUUCUUCGUCGCUUCUUGCAAAUGCUGUCAACAGCGGCUGCGAUCAAGGUGAGCGUUGUUUAUCUCCAAAGUUCUUUGCCUUGUUAACUUGCUGGCACGUACAAUUUUCGAAAAUAUUUGCCUUCCUCUCUUCUCCAUAAAUUAACUUCUAUUUAUAGGCAAAAUUGGUCUUGCGAGAAAAUCCCGAAAUCACAAAACAGUGACAAAGCGACCUCGUUUUCCUCUGUAGUGGUAAACAUAGCUUCGAGCGUACAAAAAGUCAGCUAAAGUAAACCACUUCACAAUAAAUCACGCUGUUUAAACACCAUGAAGUCUUUUCUUGCCUUCAAAGUCAUCAGCACUUGGAUAUUCGUGUAUUUUCAAAAAGGUUUUACUUUGAAACUUUGGCAAAACACCCAGUUCACGACAGCGAUUUUGUUCGGCUUUAUAUUCACCGCCUAGCGCGGUGAAUAUAAUGUCAUAGUCCGAGAUAGCUAACCAAUCAGAUUGCUUGAAUUACCAAGAUCACUGAGUGUGUAUAUACUAAAUUGUACUAGUAGUGAGCAAAAUAAAGAGUUUUGCCUUUAACAUAUCAAAGAAUUUUAGCAAGAACAAGAAUUGUUUUAGAGGAUUACAACAUGUCCUGUGAUGAUGUAAGUAUUUUUUUGUCUUAAAAUGCGGUACAGUGAUAGUUCAGACACCAAAAUAUAAAAAAAAUGUGCCAUAAUAAUAAAGUUAGAUGAUCAGUAGGUUGAUGCAAACUGCCCUGGAAGCAGAGGCUCUUUUUGUCUUCUUCUUGAUCAAAGAGGGAAAAUAAGAAUACUCUGCCUAAAUCACAUCAAGCCUUUGAAGUCACUUCAGGCUGGACUUCAGGACUAGUCAAUCUUGUCCUCUCUUGUGAAACUGGUUUUUCCAGUGUGUGCAUCCAUUUUUUGAUAAAGCAAUGCUCAUAACCGAGCCUGCUGUCUCCAGCACACAGCUAGUAGGCCUGGGUUGGAAGCUGUACUAAAGCAACAUACUGCACAUUUCAACAAAGAUCUUGCUUGAUUCAUGCAUUUUUUCCCAAGUAUGCCAAAAUUGAGCAACCAAAAGAAAGGAUCUGCGGGCAGGGCAGAUACAAGCCUGAGUUACAUACAUAAACUUGUCACAUAUUAAAUAACCUUCCAGUUACACUCACGAAGGAACAUUAUAAUAACAUUAUUCUAUCAUUGCAUACACUGGGUUGAUUUCUCAGUUAUUUUAAUAUGGGAAUGCAAUAUAUUUAUGAGGUAAAUGGGGAGAAGCCAUUAUUUUCGUAGUGCUUUUCGAAAGGUAAAUGCUAGUAGUUUUAGUGGUGGAAUUGCUGAAAAAUCAUCUAACCUGUGGUCAGGCCAAUUUUAGCAGCUCAAUAAUAUUCUCCUAAACAGAGGAAAAUCUCAGGUGAAAAAUAAGCCAACCCAAAAAGCUGCUUCACCAAGUUAGCUUCCCAUCAAGUUUACUUUUUCCACAAAACGGCUGAUAACAAUUCUCAAUAUUGACUUGUUAACACCUGUCUUUUAUAAUAAUUUAUUAUCUGUGGCAUUUUCAGAAGGGAAGGCUUAUUCUAAAGCCAAGGCCAACAUGA